AUGUCGGAUGUUCACCCAGAAGACCGACAAAUGGUAAAAGAUCUCUUUGUUGAUAUUUUGGAAAGAGCAACUCUUUUGACUUUACAAAUCAUUGAUGUCUUUGGAGUGGAUACAAUUCUCAAUGCCUUAAAAGUGGAUUUAUUCCAAUUAAUAGUUAAAUCUAACCCGGAGACAUUUAUGGCACAAUGUUUCUCGGCUAUAAGAUGCAACAACAUUAAAACUAUUCGUGAGACAUUUUCUACUUUAAUAGAGAUGAUUAGUGUCAAUAUUCCUACUUCAUUCUCGUUACCAAAGGCAAAGAAAACGAACUUUCAAGAAGCAUUGGAAGAUGAACUGCCAUCAAAUUUCAAACAAAUUAAACUGGAACUUGCACUUUAUGCAAGAGAAUUAAAUCCGACAUCAUGUUUACUCGUUUUUGGACAACGUAGUAUUUUUGAAUUCAUUUUACAAAGAUUAGUAAAUAUGCCAAAUCACAUGAGGUUACUCCGAUCAAGAAAAGUCCUUUUAGCAGCAUGCAUUGAUGGUUCCUUAUGUCUAGUUCAAAGACUUUUUGAGAUUUUAGGAAUGGAAGCUCUAAAUGAAAGAUGGUGCUUUCUUUCGACCAAUUUUCAUGCAUUACACAUUUCAUCUUACCUGCAUCAUUCGGAAGUAACGGAAUAUAUCUUGGAGAAAGGCUGUAGUGCAAGCAUUAUUGAUUUAAACGGAAAUUCUCCCCUUCAUGUUGCAUUAAAAAGUUUGAGAAACAACUUAUCAGAGGAGCAAAUAUCGAAUGCAGAAAAAACAAUAAACCAUCUUCUUAGAUAUGGGGCUGAUAUCAACAAGGCUAAUAAUGCUGGUUAUUAUCCUCUUCAUAUUGCCAGUAGGUCUGACUUAACUUGCAUUGUACGAAAAUUCAUAUCAUUAAGCAAUGUAAACAUAAAAUCCAAUGAUGGAAAUUCUCCUCUGUUCUUAGCUUCCAAAGAGGGAAGUUGCAACGUUGUAAACCUACUAUUAGAGAACAAUGCAAAUGUAAACCAAUUAAAUGAAAAUUUGUCAAGUCCUUUAUAUAUUUCGUCAAAAUUGGGCUACCAUGAAAUUGUUCAUAAACUUCUUCAGAGAGGUGCAAAAGUUAACAUUCAAAAUAAACAGGGCAUCAGCGCUCUAAUGGCUGCUUCAUUUUAUGGCCAUAAACAGGUUGUGAAAACACUCCUUAUAAAUAAUGCAGAAAUAAACCAAACAGAUAAAAAAGGGAAUUCAAUUUUAGCUGCAGCAGCACAUGCAGGUCAGCUUCAAACUCUUUCUUUGCUGCUGGAAAGCGGUGCCAAACUCAAUACAUGCAAUUCAAAAGGCAACACCCCUUUGUCUCUGGCAUGUAUUAGAGGAUAUCCUAAGAUUGUGAAUGAACUUAUUUUGUGGGGGGCUAAAACAACUAUUCGAAAUAAAAACGGAGAAAGUCCAUUAGUUCUAGCUGUCAUCAAUGGGCACAGGGAUGUUGUUAAAUCCCUUGUUCAGAGUGGAGUAAACGUCAAUUGUAUACAAAAUGAAGGGCAAACACCUUUGUUGCUCUCUUCUUUUUAUGGAUAUGGACAGAUAUCUUCAAUUCUUCUGGAAAACAAAGCUAAAGUUAACAUUUGUGAUAAUUUAAAUUAUACUCCUUUAUUUAUAGCCUCAAAAUAUGGUCAUGGUGGCGCAUUACUAUCCCUUUUAGAGAAAACUGACGUGAAUUAUCAAAAUCAAUAUGGAACUACAGCUCUUAUGAUAUCUUGUCAGGAAGGACAUGGCAAUAUAACUUGUUUACUAGUUCGGGCUGGUGCUAACGUUAAUCUGUGUAACUGUUAUGGAAGAACAGCUUUGUGGUUUGCUGCAAGGAAUGGUUAUGAAGAAAUUGUACAAAUCUUGUUGGAUAACAACGCUAACAUAAACGUUGAGGAUAAUUCAAAAUCAAGUAUCCUUCACAUUGCAGCAAAAUCAGGGAAGAUGAAUAUAGUUAGGUUGUUGCUUCACAAUAACGCCUGUACAGACUCACUGAAUAUUUCCUGUGAUUCUCCACUUUCUUUAGCAGCUGCAAAAGGACAUACUUCAGUAGUAAGAGAAUUAUUAGAACAAGGUUCAAAAGUCAAUGUUCAAGAUGAUCAAGGGAGAAGUCCUCUCUAUCUUGCUGCAAAAUAUCAUCACACAGAAACGGUGAAAAUACUGCUUCAAUUCCAUGCAAACGCUUAUUUGUGUGACAAGGAGAAAAAUUCGCCCCUCCACACAGCAUCUUAUUAUGGAUACACGGACAUAGUAAGGCUUCUUUUCGGGGAAGGAUUAUUAAUAAAUGCACAAAAUAAAUUUGGACAAACUGCUCUGUGUUUGGCUACUGUACGUGGCCAUUAUAAGACUUGUGAAUUUCUGUUGCUUCAUCAAGCUGAUGUGAAAGUCACUGACAGGGAUGGAAAUACGGCUUUUUUACUUGGGGCAAUAGAGGGACAGACAGAACAUUUAGAAUUAUUACUUAUGUAUGGCGCAGAUAUUAAACAAACCAAUUUAUUUAAACAAAAUGCCCUAAUCUUAGCUGCCGCUAGAGGACAUUUUAAAACAGUUGAAUUUCUUAUGCCUCUUCUGCCGUCACUGGACGAAAAGGAUAUAUAUGGUCGAAGUGCAUUAUGGUAUGUUGCUAAAAAUGGACAUUUGCAAAUAUUACUUCUUCUUGUUAUGAAUAAAGCAAAUGUGAACAUACCGGACAAAAAGCAAAUAACUCCUUUACACGUAGCAUGCUCUGAGGAAGAAAGGGACAUUGUGAUUUUCUUAUUGAAGGCAGGUGCUGACGUUAAUUAUCAAGAUGAAAAGAUGCGAACACCAUUAUGGAAAACGACUUAUUAUCAAAAUAAAACUAUUCCGUUGGAAUUACUAAAAUUUAACGCUAAUGCAAGACUAAGCAACCAUUAUGGAAAUACACCAUUUAUUGUUGCUGCAUACUUAGAUAAUGUUCCAGUCCUCGAUGCUAUUUUCUCCUUCGGUAUUGACAUAGACCACGUGAAUUGUGCCAAAAGAACAGCUUUAAUGAUUGCAGCUGAGCGGGGGCACAUCAAAUCAGUUUCAUAUUUGAUAUCAGUUGGAGCCUGUGUUAAUGCAUUGGAUGAUAUUGGUAGAUCAGCUCUUUCACUUGCAUCUUUAAAUGGUCAACUACAGAUUGUAAAACUUCUGAUGGAAAAUGACGCACAGAUGAAUCUUCCAGACGGAAAUAAAGAUUUUCCAUUACAUCUAGCUUGUAAAAAAGGUCAUAUUGAGGUAGUGAGAUAUCUUUUGCAAAAAGAAAGAUUUAUUCCCACUACUUACUUAAAGUUAAGUAAGGCAUUAAUCUAUGCUGCAAGAAAUGGUUGCCAAGAUUUAUGUAAACUUUUAAUGCGUUUUGGUGCCUACCCAUAUAUUCAAAGCGAAGAUGGGGAAGCAGCUUGGUUUACAGCUGCUCAAAACGGACAUUUAAAUGUAAUAACCGCUUUUAUUCAACAUGGAAUUCUCGUAGACUUUUUGGAUGCCCGAAAGCAAACGGCACUGAUAAUUGCUGCAAGGAAAGGGUAUACACAGAUCGUUCAGCAUUUGAUUAAAACAGGUCCUAAUGUCAACUGUCAGGACUUCCAUGGUCGAUCUGCACUUUGGUAUGCUUCAAAAAAUGGGUUUUACGACACGGCGUACGAACUAGUUGAAUAUAAAGCAGAUAUAAGUUUGCAAGACAAACAAGGUUUGAAUCCACUGCAUAUCGCAGUAAUUUCUGGACGAUUAACCCUUACAAAAUUCCUCCUUGAAAAGGGUGCAUUAAUCAAUUCAUUGGAUUAUUUUAAUCACAAUGCAGUAUUUCUGUCUGUAUUGGCCAAAAAACACCACAUAACCUCGCUUCUAUUGCAAAACAAUGCAGAAAUAAAUGUCAUUGAUAGUGUCGGGAUACAUAUAUUAUUUGUUUCCGUUUACAGAAGAGAUAUUCAUCUCACUAAAACUCUUUUAGACUACGGAUGUAAUAUUAACUUGACGAACGGAAAGAAUGUCAGUGCAUUGAUAAUAGCUGCCUGUGAGGGCAAUCAGUCUAUAGUGGAAUUUCUUUUGGGUUAUGGGGCGAAAAUAGAUCAGCAGGAUAAAGAUGGAAGAAGUCCACUAUGGUAUGCUGCAGGAAACAAUUUCACUAAAAUUGUAGAAUUACUCUUAAGGAACAAUGCUAAUAUAAAUUUAUCGGAUAAUAAUGGAUAUUGUCCUGUACAUAUUUCAAUUAUACGUGGGCAUACCCAGAUGGUUGACUUACUCCUUGGAUAUGGUGCAAAAAUAAAUAUUUCCGGAAAGAUGGAAUUAAAUCCAUUGAUUUUAUCUGUGGCAACAGGGCAAAAGGAUGUGUUAGUCUGGCUACUAAAGAAACAUUAUGACAUUAACAAAGACAAUCAUAUUAUUCAAAAUUUGAUGUUUUGGACUGCCUUCUGUGGCUACGAAAAAUUAAUUCAAACUCUUCUAGAAUACGGUGCCUCUGUGAACAUAGUUAAUAAAAGCAAAGAAUCUCCUUUACAUUUGGCAUCUUCUCGUGGAAAUGUUUUAGCUGUUGAAGUACUUGUUGAAUCAGGUGCAAAUAUAAAUGCUCAAGAUGUAAAUGGACGAACCUCAUUAUGGUAUGCAUCAAAACAAGGUCACCAAACAAUAUGUCAAUAUCUAUUAGAAAACUCAGCUGAUGUAAAUCUGUACGCUAAACCAAUUAUGAACUUAUACUGUCAGGACAGCCUACAUGUUAUCAAAUGUGGGUCAUCAAUUUCACAGAACUCCACAUUAGGCAUUUCAUUAGAUGAUAAUUUUGCAGACAUUAUUAAACGUAGCGAAACACCCGUUGAGGUACUUAUGUUAAUUAAUAAUUAUCUAACAAUGCUUUCAAAAUUUGGAUGUGAAGAAAUAUAUAAUCAAACUAACCGUUUCACUGCUAUCAUUCUUGCUGCACAUGAAGGCUUUGCUGAAAUAGUUCAAAUUCUUAUUGAAAAAGGAGCUGAUAUUAAUAGCAAAGACAAAAGAGACAGAACAGCUUUAUGGUACGCAUCUGCAAAGGACAACAGAUCAAUUGUUAAAACUUUAUUGAAAUAUAAUGCUGACAUUCACUCCGUUGACAAUCGAGGAUUCAGUGCCUUGCAUAUAGCUUCUGUAAGAGGUAAUACCUAUAUCGUUGAAUUACUCAUAGCACACGGGAGUUGUGUAAACGAAGAAAAUUGUUUUAAUCAAAAUGCAUUGUUUUCAUCGAUAUCAUUGUGUCAUACAAAAACUGCAAAAAUUUUAUUACAAAACUACGAUAGAGUAAACAAUGAAGACGUCAUCGGGAGUCCGAUAUUGCAAGCAGCAUUUUCCGGGAGAGUCGAAUUGAUUCAGCUUUUACUUCAACAUGGUUAUUCUCUCAACAGCUCUGACCGUAACAAAAUAUCCCCCCUCCAUUUAGCAUCAGGCAGUGGUCAUUAUGGAAUGGUAGAAUAUCUAAUUCAAAAUGGAUGCAACAUAAAUGCGAAGGACAUAGAAGGAAGAACGCCAUUAUGGUAUUCACUAAAAUACUGUCAUUUAGAUAUAUCAAAAUUUCUUUUAAGCAACCAAGCGAAAGUAGAUAUUCUUGACUCAAAGAUGCUUUCUUUGCUACAUUACGUCACCUUUGAAAGGAACAGAAAUAAAGCUACACUUCUAAUCAAGCACGGUGCAUGUUCUAACGCAUUUGAUUUUCAAGGACGCAGUCCUCUUUGGUAUUCAGUAGCAAGACGAUGUAAGAGUUUAACAAAAUUGCUUCUUGAAACAGGUGGAAAUCCGAAUUCUUUUGACAUCAAUGGCAUAAAUGUAUUAUUUGUAGCUGCAUUCCAAGGCAAAAUGUCGUUGAUCAAACUUUUAAUCAAAUUUGGUGCUGACGUAAAUUUAUGUAACCGAAGUAAAAUUACUGCCUUAUUAAUAGCCGCAUGCGAAGGACAUUCUAAGGUGGUAAAAUUUCUUUUAGAGAAGGGAUCAAAUGUUAAUAGUAAAGAUAAGCUUGGGCGAACGGCCAUUUGGUACGCUGCGGGAAAUAACAAUUGUGAUUCAAUUGAUAUACUUUUGAAGAAUCAUGCUGUUAUAAAUGACUCCGACGAGAAUAGAUGCAGUCCACUCCAUAUUUCAACUUUUCGAGGAAAUUUAUUGGCUGUUAAGAUAUUGUUGACAAACGGAGCAAACAUUGUUUACUACAGAAACCUUUCUGACAGUCUUCUAUGGGCAUCAGCUGCAUUGGGAUUUAAGGAAAUAUUUGAAGUUUUAUUUCUUAAAAUUGGGCAUUAUUAUUCUUCUACUCAGUCUUUGACAGAACUAUUACUUACAGCAGUUUUUUCUCAGUCUGAAAAUUUAGUAAAAUAUCUUUUGGACCUGGGACUGUCUGUUAACUCUUGCAAUAACAGUUCGGAAACGCCGCUUCAUAUUGCUUCAAGUAAACGUAAUGUUUCUAUCGUUAAACUUUUGAUUCAAACCGGUGCAGAUGUUAAUGCCUUAGAUAUAGGUGGACGCUCACCUUUAUGGUAUGCAUCCAAGAACGGAUACUUCGAUAAUCUCAAGGUUCUAUUAGAAAAUUCUGCAGAUGUAGAUUUGAAGGAUAAAAAUGGUAUUUCUCCGGUUGCAGUAGCUGAGUUUUUUGAGCAUCGGAAAGUUUUACAUUUGUUGCAGAAAAACUCGAAAGUCUUAUGUUAA